AUGCAGGCUCAAUUUGCCGAUAUCUUCGAGAAGUCAGGAAGCCAGGUCAAACUUGCCUGCUGUUUUGCAAAGCAACCUGAUCCGGUGACAAAACUCUUCCUGUCUCCAGAGUUUUGCUGCCUUCCUACUGUCGAAGCGAUCGAAAUCCAUGACUCGAGCCAUUUUUGUAUCAACACAGCAAGAGAGGAUCUUACGUACAUCAUCGAGAGACUCGCAGACUGGACCAAAGCAAUACAAAAGGGGGAGGAGCCCACACAUGAUCUACUCCCGCUGCGAUCCCUAGCUGGUUCGUCGCGGUCCAACGAUCCAGCUUGGCAGUGGGACCCAGAAUCGGCCAAACGUUACUCUAUUCUGAGCUGGAAGGGCGAGUCGAAUAUGCCUGCUGUGAGCGUGGCGCUGGGCGACAUCAUCAAGGAAAUAUACUUGCCGAGUUCGACAAACCGACCCAUUGCAACGCGAGAUGAUGUCGUGCCUUCCCAAUACAAAGAUAUAAUUGACUUCGGGGCGUCGCGCAUCAUCAAGAAUGACUUUAAGUACUGGAAGUAUCUUCUCAAUUCUGACAUUGAGGCCGCGGGUUACAGGACCGUGGUCAGGGAGGAGUGGUCGAAAGAUCGCACAGUCGAGUACGUGAAGGCUGCCCUGAAGUUAAAGGCUGUGAGAGAAAGCCUAAAGGAUGGUGAGUCCAAAUUCUACAUCGUAACUGGGGUAAUCUAUGGCGGCAAAGAAGCCGACGGCGAUACGGCCGAGCGGUCGCCGGCUUUGGGAUACCAAUGCCAGAAAGCUUCGGUGAUGCAGCCGUCAGAAGCACCAACGAACAGCACAAGGCUUGUCAUUGAGCAGGUUGAGGUACGCUCAGCCAUUAACGUCAAGGACAAACCAACCGUUACGGAAGAACCGAUAUCAGAGAUCGAGGCUGGGUCGUCAGGAGUUCCAUUUGUCGGAAUGGAAUCCAAAGCCGAGAACUUAGAAGAUCCAAGCACAAAGAAAAUGCCUCCGAGACGUGGCAUCAGGACAGCAGUCGCGCGGUUGGGUGAUCGAGCUGGAAAUGCUGCAACUGUGAUAUCAAUCAUGGGCAGGCGCGCAUUUGCCGAGAUAAGCGGAGCUGCGUAA